AUGACAAAUCAAAUCUUGCUAAAACAAGUUGAAAAGGGGUCCAAUUUCGUAUCUUCUCCUCUGUCACUCCAUGUGAUGUUGAGCCUUGUUGCUGCAGGAUCAACAGGUCAGACUUUAGAGCAACUUCUUGGCUUCCUGGGAUCGAAGAGUAUUGCCGAACUCAAUCAGCUGUCAUCACAGAUUAACAAUCUUGUUUCUCUCGUGGAGGGAGCUGAAACUGCCAACGAGCCUACCACAGGUACUCCAACCUUGUUGUUCGUUAAUGGUGUUUGGGUUGAAAAGAGUUUCGGGUUGAAGCCUUCUUUUGAAGAGAUUGCAAGUGAUACUUACAAAGCCAAAACUGAACUAGUUGAUUUUACAAACAAGGCUGAUGAAGUACUACUUGAAGUGAAUUCAUGGGCUGAAAGAGCAACAAGAGGACUAAUAAAGGGACUCCUCCCAUCAGGAUAUGUAGACUGCAAUACAGCUCUAGUCCUUGCAAAUGCCUUGUACUUUAAAGGAGCAUGGGAUCAACAGUUUGAUACAUCAAAGACAGAACAUCGUGACUUUCACUUUCUUGAUGGGCAUAUUGUUCAAGUCCCCUUCAUGACAGGCAAGAAAUAUGAGCAAUAUCUUUACCGUGACUGUGAUGGUUAUAGGGUACUCCAACUUCCCUACCAAAGUGGACAAAGCACUAGGCAAUUUUCCAUGUUUUUCUUUCUCCCAGACAAGAAAGAUGGUUUGCUGAACCUAGUCAAAAUGUUAAAUUCUAAACCUGGCUUCUUCAAUCAGCAAUUUGAUCUGCAGUCGCGAGUAGAACUUCCUGAUUUUUGGAUACCAAGAUUCAAAUUCUCUUAUCAUUUUGAGGCCUCAGAAACCCUGAAAGAAAUGGGACUUCAGCUACCAUUCUAUCCUGGGGAGCUCGGAGAGAUGGUGAAUUCUUCCAACAGUGAAAACCUAUAUCUUUCAAAAGUAUUCCAGAAGGCAUAUAUUGAAGUUAAUGAGGAAGGGACUGAAGCUGCUGCUAGCACUGCUGCUACAAUGAGAUGGUGUUCUGCAUCAUAUCCAACUCCUAGUUUUGUAGCAGAUCAUCCCUUCAUGUUCAUGAUAAGGGAAGAGACUACUAGAACUGUACUCUUCACUGGAGCGGAAUUUUCUCAGGUAGUAACACAACUACUAUGCAGAGAGAAACAGACAUUUGAGGGCCUGAGGCCUCAAGAUGAUCUUUCCCGGUUCAAGAAGCCAGAACUACUGUUUUCAUUGAUCCACUUUAUUUUGUUCCAGUUAAGGAAAUGA